CGCCGAGGUCGUUUCAAACCACACUCAAGUACGAGUAAUGCGGCUCUGAUGCACGGUGAAAGUGUCAGUAUCUGCGACUUUCGACAACCGUUUUGGAAGCUCAGCAGAAGUAUUAAAUCUGUAAAGAUGAUUCCGUCGUUUGAGACUACGUUCGCAGUUCCUCUACACUGUGAGGAUUGCAUCAAGGAUGUGUCAGGGUCACUCUAUAAACUGAAUGGCAUCAAGAAGGUCACGGCCAACUUGAAGGAUCAGUUGAUCUCAGUAGAAGGCAACGAGGCUCCGUCGGCCAUCGUUGAAGCAAUCCAGACAACGGGGAGGGAUGCGAUUAUCCGUGGGAGUGGGAAGUCUGAGAGCGCGGCUGUGUGCAUAUUAGAGUCCCAUGCAGCCCACGUGGCCAACAAGGUCCGUGGAUUAGCUCGGAUGGUCCAAGUAGGCGAGAACGUUACCAUUGUCGACCUCAGCGUGCGAGGAGUGUCUCCGGGCACUUAUCAUGCCACCGUCCGAGAAACAGGAGACAUCUCGGAGGGACCAGAGUCGACGGGACCGAUCUGGGACGCGAUCAAGGCCAGCAAGGAGGGCACCCCGGCCAGAGACGUCUUUGGAACGGUAGAAGUAGGGAAAGGGGGCGUGGGCACCGUCUUUUUGGACAAGCCUCUUCAGAUCUGGGAGAUGAUUGGCCGCAGCAUGGUGGUAGCGAGACAGCAGGAUGGGAAGUUUGACAAGAACGACGCCGACACGCUGGUGGGCGUGAUUGCACGGAGCGCGGGGGUGUGGGACAACGACAAAACGGUCUGUUCGUGCUCGGGCAAGACGGUGUGGGAGGAGCGGAAGGAUAUGGUGGACAAGGGAAUGCUGUGAGGGGAUUGAUGUGUGAGGGCGGAUAUGAAAGCCGGGGUAGCAAGAGGAGUGAGAGAUGCAAAAUGGGGGUGCCAUACAGAGUUCGAGAUGGUGGCCAAGGAUGCUCUGAGAAGCAAUAGAUGGAGUGUGGGGUCUACUAUGGAAGCACAGAUCGGGACAGGGUCCACUGUGAGAUGCAAGAUGGAUGCAAGGGGCGACUACAAGAAAAGCUGGUAGAGAUGGUGUGAGAGAAGCCAGCGAGAUGUUGGUUUCGCCGCAUGCUCUAACGAACAAGAUGAAUUUCGGUCCUCUCCGAAACAGCAGUGCUUCGCGGUGCAGCAUGAAGAGGCUGCCUCAGAGUUGAUGGCAGUGCCCCCGCGGCGCCCCGA